AUGAAGAGCGUCACUCCAAACGACACAACGAAAGGGCAAAGUUCUCCCAGUCGUAAUGGUGCUGGUGCUGUUAGUGCAAUUUCACAACGGAGCGAUUCUUCUCCCAGUUCAUCCAUUCAACAGCCAUCUCCUCAACGUAUUGAAAAGAGGAAACGAGGUCGACCUCGAAAAGAGCAUCCUAUCGUUCAAUUCCCAGUACAAUGGGAAUUCCGUGAUGGUACCGUCCAUCAUCGUCAUGCUACAGGAGUGUCUAGCUCGAAUCGAUCGAGGUCGUCCUCCUCUAUGGGGGACUCUUCCAUUCAAAUCUUUAAUUAUUAUCAUGACCAAGCUUCGAAUCAUAUGCAAUAUUGUAAUUUGAAUGAAGCAAGUCCUGAAAACUAUUCAUCCAUGGUGAAUCAUACGUCAAUGACAAGUUCUGCCUCCAUGGAACGAUCAAAUCCUCCUCCUCCUCCUCCUCCUCCAUGUUCCCAUCCACAACGAUCGGUACGACAAAUAUUUUCCUUUCAAAAUGUAAAUUUUCCAACCCUUAGAAAACGAUCCAAUUCGAAUAAGAGUGGAAAUUCUUCACCCAGUAAGAUGUCCUCAAGUUCAACAACAUCUUCGAAUGGUUCACUUCAUUCGAAUGGAGGAUCUUCUUCGAGUAAGAAAUCUCCAACGCGUUCGUCACCCAUUUCAAUGACCAUUUCGAAUACGACUUUGUUUUCGACGAGUACUUGGAACAUGACACCACAACAACAACAACAACCACAAAUUCAACAGCAUCCUUCAAUCGUUUCAAAUCUUGCCAAUAGGACACGAACGAAUAGUAACAACACUUUCGAUCCAGCAACACUUGUUACAAAUUCAACCACUCCUGUUCCAAUCGGAAAUUCAAGCGUUUCAACAUUUUCAAUCAUUGCUCCAAGUCAAGGAGUGGAGUCUUCUUUUCAACAAGCUAUUGCAAAUACUCAUGAGGCAUCAUCGACACCCAAUCCAGAGAGGAAAAGGCCAAUGAAAGGACGAACGCAUAUUAGUCUAAAAGAUAUCCUUAAUUAA